AUGGACGAGAUUGCUUUUAUCAAAACUCACGUCAAGGCAAAAACGCCCAGGAAGCAAACGAAUGCGGCGGCUGGAUUUGAUUUGUAUACUCCAACAGAUUUUAUGUUAGAUGCAGGAGAGCGAAAAUUGAUAGACACGGGAAUAUGUUUCCAAAUUCCCGAAUCGUGUUACGGUCGAUUAGCUGAAAAAUCAAGGUUAGCUCUGCUUUUUAAUUUGGAAGUGAAAGCUGGCGUGAUUGAUUCCGAUUAUCGAGGAAGCGUAAAAGUUCUUUUGAAAAAUGAUGGAAGAGACAAACUGUGUUUUCGAGAGGGAGAUCCAAUCUGUCAAAUUAUUUUUGAAAAAUAUCAUGUCGUGCAGUUGAAGCAAGCUUUAAAACUUUCAUCGAGUGAACGAGGCUCUCGUGCAUUCGGAGACGAAAAUCAUGGCGUUUAA